UUAAGUGUUAACAUCCCCAGAGGAUCCAGUCAUCUGACAACAACAUCUGUGGAACAUAUCGACCCAGAUGCACUUCGCCCACCACGUGACUUGAGGGGCUCUGUAAGGGAGACCACCACCCGACUGUCGUGGGAUGUAAAUCGAACAGAAGAGGAGUAUGGUUUGAUCCACUAUUUCCAGAUAACGUAUGAAAUUGUAGACCCCCAUCAAAACUUCUUACGGAUCACGCAUAAUAUCGAUGGGAUAAAGAGACAUUUUACCUUAAGGGGUCUCGUACCACAGUCAACAUAUAAAACAUUCAUGGUGACGGUCGGCAGCGGAGAAGUCAGCAAUGCUAGUGACACUGUCGAGUUCUCCACAGCCUUACCAGAAGAGAACUACCUGCGCCUGGCCCGUAAUUCUAUUUACCCGGAGGAGGCCAUCAUCCUCCUCAUCCUGAUAGCCAUUUGGGUUGUAGCUGUGGUGUUAUUCUUCAAGCAGUGGGACAGUAUACGGAUACUUCAACCAAUGGAACCGCGUUAUAGACACUCACCGAAAAAUCUAGAGUGCAUCAAAGUGGUGAAACGAUCGCAAGAUAGUGUCAUUUAUAAAAAUUACAAUCGGAAACUAUCGGUUACCAUGGUUGCACGAGAGAAACGACAUCUUCAAAGAAUGCACACGGCACCAACGUUACCCACGUGUUCUCUAAUUAUGAGUACAUUACCCACAAUUCAAAUGGAGGAUGUAAUGACGGAGAUGUAGAGCGAUAGUGUAGUAUAAGACGCGCGUAUCCUCCCGGCAAGUGUAAACCACUUGUUUAAAUCACACUGCUACUAACCGUAAUACCUUCUAUAGCUUUGGAUUGGUUUAUUCCCAGGCAUCCCCUCAUAACUACAUUUCUUUUGUGAACCAACUCUACUAACUUGUUCAUUAAAAUGCUGUAAAGGUACUUGAUGGUAUUAUAAACAAACGUUUCGUCUUACAGUCUUUCACGUUUGAUUUUUUCUUUUUUCAAAUUACAUUUCAAGAAGCCAAGAAAUAUGCAAGUUAUAUUUAACUGAAGUAACUGUAUGGUAUCGUGUAUGUAGCUGUGGCAGACAUUUAGUAAUCAAAGGGAGGAAACCGCUCUGUUUAGUUGACAUCUCGAUUUCGAAUGCUCUUCAAGACUGCUACCGUUCGGAGUGCCUCGUUGGAUUGCAGAUUCUUCCAACCAUUAUAAUGAAUGAAUGAAUCGGCCGAAGUGUUUCGAGAUUGUAUUAAGUUGGAAAAGAGCUUCACUGAUCAAGAUUAGUGUUGUUUCCACACGAAACAAACCACAAUGGUGCUACAGGAUCCUGACAAUAUGACAAAACGAUUGAAAAGUAGACGUAGCAGAAAUCUCGUACAUUCCGGGUACUUCAUUACAUCACGUGACUAAUUGUUCAAACCACGCUGAUUCAAAAAAACGAAUUUCGAUGACUUAUUUUCCAAACAACUUAAACAGUACAUUUUUGUUGAAAUUAUUAAAUUAUUGAUAUUGAUUCAUUAGAAAGUUUACAACAUAGAAAGUCGUUAUUUAAUGCGAGAAGAUUUGUUUAUGUUUCAAAUAAUCAAGGACGUUGAUCCUAAAUCCGUGAAGAUUUGAUAUAAACAUCCUAAAUGGUUGGUAGGCAUUUACUUGCUGUGUUCCACUUUUCCAUCUCUGUUUUAAAAAUAGAUCGUUACUACUUACUGUUUCUAUCUAUGAUUCAGCGGGUUUGAACAAUUAGAAACAAACAUAUUACUUAUCAUGAUUUCAUGUUCAAUACACUGUUAUAAUCUCUGUAUAUGUCCUGUGUAUAAGAAUCGUGUAUUAUACGGUAAAAUCUCUGUAUAUGUCCUGUGUAUAAGAAUCGUGUAUUAUACGUUAACGGUACUGGCGCUCUGUUUGUAAUAUUCGUGGCUAAAUAUUCAUUAAUUUGCUGUUAAAAGCAGCAUUGUUUGUCAUUGUACAGCAAUCAUAAUCUAAAUAGCCUUUGCUUAUCAUCGGUUUAUUUUUGGAGAAAAUACAUUUUUGAGUGUAAUUAUCGUAAAACCAUACAAAUGGUUAAUUAUCGUUUUGAUCCAAUUUUGGUGUUAAUUUUUGGUAAAUUUAUGUCGAGAAUUUUAACUACUUUCAACUCACAUUUUACGUUUACGUGUCAUGAUUGAAAACAUUAAUUUCAACAAUUGUCAUAAUGGAUGAAGACCACGAGAGGCUUAGGAAAAGCGUCUGUGUAAUAUGUAUGAGAAAAUGAAUAUGCUAGUGUACUAUGUAUCUAGUGAGACAUCAUGUCAAUUAUGGAUGUAAGAUAACUCGACUGUGUAAUUACACUGAAUAGACCGGGAACAUUUUAUAUUAUCAUUAAUUUUUCUUUGUUUUUUCUUUAACAACGUAACACUCAUCAUUGGUCGAAGGUGGUUGUUUCUAUACCACACCAGACAGUUAUGUUACUAGUGUAAGUGUUCGAUGAGGUUCACGGAUUAAGAUGGCACCUAAAACAGAAAAGCUACAAGUACCAUGGAUCUGGUGUUUAGACUUGGUAUUAGUGAAAUUGAGAGACAAACAGUGUGGUUAGUGAAAAAUCCUUAAAGAAAGAAAAACCUAUGUUGAUUUUAUUUUAAAAUAAUUAUGUAGAGAGAAGUGUUGAAGUCAAAGAUAAAAAAAAAAUGGAAAAAAGCCACACGUAGGCGAAUGCAUUACCAUGUAAAGCACGCGCAUUCAUUCCUUUAUGUUACGGAAUCACGCAGAUGUAAGUAUUUAUUGUGAACGGCUUUAUAAGUCACUACUUACUAUUCAAUCAUGUGUCGAGUAUUAAUUUGAUAAACAAGUUAAAAGGACAGAGAUUAGGAUUUGCCAUUGUAUUCAUUAUUACUGGAUGCACAUGUAAGAGUAUUUGUCAUUUUUUGUUAACAAAUAAGUAAGGGAGGAUAAGUAUGAGUGUCCGCCUGUUUAAAUGGGUAUAGUUUCUGUUUAUAUAUUUUACGACACGUUUAUUGUUCUUUUUUUCUAAUCACAUCACCUUUAUGUUUAGUUUUCUGAGUAGUUAUAAAUGUCCUAUCAUGCCUUCUAAAGCAAUACUGUUCAUCAUAACUAAGUUAUAAUAGAUGGUCUGUCCAUCACUAAGUUAACGUUUCCCAAUUACACGUUAAGCGAUAGACGGGUAGAUGUUUAUACUGGGACGAUUUGUUAUGUCUCUGUUCAGUUUAUAGCAAUGUGUAUUUGUAACUUCACAUAACCAUGCCAAAACGUGUCUGUUUCUGAUUGUAUGGAUACACUUACUAUAUCCUAAAUAACUCCCAUAAUAGGCAUGUAAUUAUCCAGAGAAAGCAUCAAAUAGUAACCGUUGAUUUCUGCUCUCUUCGUCCUUGAACAUUUUAAUAGUAUGACACUAUAUUUCCGCAGUGGCCUUAUUGUGUACAUUUCAACAGAAACAAAACAGUCAAAGCAUAACUUCACAAGGACAAAAUCGGAAACCAAAGUCGAUACGAGAAAAAGAACAGGGAACAGGCAGAACUCAACACAUUAUGAACAAUUUAAUCCACACUCGCCAAAACUAGAAGGCAUAGAAGUGCUCAGAACGAGUACAUGUUUUCGGCACCCUCAAUGGAACACUUACACUAACAUUCGCGAUCAUGAUCUAUUCCCGAAAAUGCUAUAUCAUUUUCCACUGUUAUUUAACAGAAUACAUUCAGCUCCCAUUCCCGUGACCCAGAACGUGAUCCUAAUUCCCAAUACAGUAUUGUAACGCAAAAAGCUAGACCCAUUCCAAAUUCUGUGACAAAAACACGAUAUGAGUUCGCACUGUUCUGUGGUCCAGAUGUGAGAGAUGAUGUCGUGCCUAUAAAUAUGUAUAAAAGGCCGACGGAAAGGUUGGUCACUUAAAGAUUUAAGCACUAUGUACAUUUGACCGACGCGUCGCAAAAUUGUGGAUGCAUCAAAGUAUGAUAUGUAUGAAGUCCGAACUGCAUUCGUCUGUUGUAAAUAUGUUUUUGUAUGAUGUUGUAAAAACAUGUUCGUUAUCAAAGUAAACAUUCUUAAAAUCAAAGUAAGUUAUCUCAUUCCAUUGGCUGUUUAACUGUAUGACAUCGCGGUUGGUUUUUGUAUCUAUCGCUGCCUACUGAUGUCUACAUAUGGCAAUUACAUUGAUUAACGUGAUAUCACAGCUCAAUUUGUUAACGAUCGCUGGCUACCGAUUACCACGUAUGGAGAUGGUGUUGACCUGCAUGACGUCACAAGUUUAAAUCCAUCGUUGUCCACGAGUGUCAAUUGUAUUGACCUACGUGACAUCACAGGUGUGUGCCCAUCUGUCCAGGAGUAGCGAUGGUUUUGACCUCCAAGAAGUCACAGGUAUAUGCCCAUCUGUCCAGAAGUGGCGAUGGUAUUAACCUGCGUGACAUCACAUGUGUAUGCCAAUCUGUCCACGAGUGGCAAUGGUAUAGACCUGCAUGACAUCACAGAUGUAUGCCCGUCUGUCCACGAGUGACUAUGGUAUUAACCUGCAUGACGUCACAGACGUAUGCCCCUCUGUCCACGAGUGGCGUUGGUUUUGGCUUUCGUGACAUCACACUUCGAAUACCCAUCGCGGCUACCUAUGUUCAUGUGUGGCGAUUGUAUUAACCUGAUUGACGUUACAGUUGGUUUUUGUACCUUCCGCUACUUACCGAUGUUCACGUUUUGUAGCGGUGUCAUCCGUGUGUCUUCCUUGUUAUCUAUUAGUGUUCUAAUGUGUUGUCUUCAGUAUGUUCACCUCGUCCUUAGUGUUUAUCACGUGUCGUAAUAUUUCAAAUUUCAUCAUGUAUAUCUUGUUGUCAGGAAAGGUAUAAUCCAAAGUAUCUCAAAUUACAUGAGAGAUCCUUGUUCCGCUUCAGGCAAAAGAGUCUGUGGACAAAUAACCUAUAUUUAAAGACUUUUGAUUUUCAAUAAAUAUGAUAUAAUAAGAUAUGCUAAACGAAUACGUCUCAACAAAUAUUUUAGCGGCAAAUGGUUCCGACUACUUGCCGGAAUAAAAGCUAGCGAUGGUACUAACGAAUGGUACUGCCUGUUUUCGUUUCGGAACAUAAACCAGCAAUGGUACUAGCGAAUCUUUCGCUUCCAAUGGUACUGCCCAUGGCGUCUUCUUAUUCCAUACAUGAUAGACUGUACUUCAUUUUUCCGUCCGACGUCAUUUCACUCUCGCAUCAUAUUUGGAUGAGUGGAUAUACAAUUCGUUAUAUCUAUAUAUAUAUAAAUAAUUACUUUAAUUCCUAAAAUUAUGAGUUCAAUAAGAAAGGGGAACAACUCGUGUGUUAAUUGGUCCAUGUUGUUUGUACAGUAGCUGUACCUUAUGUUCUAUGCGUACCAAUUCCGUUUAUAUAAAAUGAAAUAAAUCGUUCUCUAUAUC